CAAACCCAAACAACAAGACAACGAGUUUGUACGAAGACGAGCGGAAAGAGAUUGAGGAUGAACUGGAAAAACAAAACACAUCUUUAAUUAUAACGGAGGAUAAUGAACAUUUCCAGGACCUGGAGAAUGAAAUGUCAUACAGAAACUGCCACCGGGGUAACCUGAGAGAGUUAAGUCACCAGUACUGUGGGAACAUUUUUCAUGCAGAAAUGCAUGAUAUCCACAAAGACGACUGGUGUGUCCUGGAACACAUUGCCAGAAUCUACAACGAGUUGACGCUAUGUGUGGAGGUUGCGACUAGUGUAGCUGGCUGCUCUUUUCCAAAUUCUGAUGUCCAUGACUACUUCUUCUACAUCCACUCCACCUAUUUCCAUAACUGCACGGAGAAAGAAGAGCCGCUUAAAGAUGCCCCUACCAGCCUGGUGGUGGCACUCAUCAUCAUCGAAGUGAGCUUUAUCUUUGUCCUGGUUUGUCUGGUACUUCGGAAAAGUUAGGAACUGACUGAUCCAUAUAAAAAAAAAAAUGUACUUAGCUUUGAACAUUUUGGCCACCAAAGCUUUAAGGAGAAGAUUCUUUGAUUCAUAUAUGGAUUCAUUUGUGCAAAAAAAGUGAGCUUUGUAAAAUGUCUUACAGAGGUAGAUGGAUGAGAAGAAAAAAAACAUACUUUAUUAGCUCUCCUGGUUUUAUCUAAAACAGGAUUUUUUUUCCGGUUUUUAUAUGUAUCUACAUCUCAGAAUCUGUUUUGCUUUUCAGGCACAAUGAUUAACACGACACAUAACUUUUAAUUUUAAAACAUAGUCUUAUUGAAAUAUCAAGACCACACACUAAGCAAUAAAAUCAACAUUAAAAAAACUAAUUCUCGUAAACAAACACUUUCUGAAAAUAAUGAUGAAAAAUAUUACAUUUUUGAUUUAUAAAAAAAAGUGAACCUUUGUCAAACUUUACUUAGAGAAGACUGAUAUUUUCUAUAUGUACCACUAGAGGGAGCUCACUUACUCCUUUGAGUCCAUGCUACACAGUUGUAAAGCUACACAAACACGUCCAUUCUUGUCUGAA